UUGCUUUUUCUCCCAAUGCAGUGCCCAAUGGAUCUGACCAGGGUGGAGCAGAGGCUUUGUUCUGGGUAUUAUCUCACCAAGAAGCAGUUUGUCAAUGACAUGAAAACCAUAUUCAGGAACUGUGCCAAGUACAACUGCCAGGACAGUGGAUGCCAUUCCAAAUGCAGCCUCCCCAAAUCCACUGCACAAGGGGAUAUAGGACCAAAACACCCAUGCAUGCUGCAGGACCAGAAGUUGGUGUUAUUGCAAAAUCUUUUAUUGACCAAGGCCAGCUUGUUCCAGAUGAUGUCAUCACCCGACUUAUAUUGCAAGAGCUUCACAAGAUCAAUGAAACCAGUUGGUUGCUUGAUGGUUUUCCCCGGACAGUAUCACAAGCAAUGGCUUUAGAUAAAGCUUUUCACAUUAACUCUGUGAUUGACCUGAAUGUACCAUUUCAAACCAUUAAGGGUCGUCUAACCGCAAGAUGGAUCCACCCUGCUAGCGGGAGAGUGUACAACACGGAAUUCAACCCUCCCAAAGUACCGGAAGUUGAUGACCUCACAGGAGAACCUCUGAUACAGCGGGAAGAUGACAAACCAGAAACUGUUACUAAAAGACUGAAGGGAUAUGAAGCUCUUACAAGGCCUGUGCUGGAGUACUAUCAAAACAAAGGAGUAUUGGAAACUUUCUCCGGAACAGAGACUAACAAGAUCUGGCCACAUGUCUAUGCGUUCCUGCAGGCUAAAUUGCCUGAUGUAAACCAGAAGUGAGGAGACUUCCAAGAGCCAUCCAUAGUGAACACAUUUUAAAUGCAAAGCCAGUCUUGUGCCAUACCAUAUGAAUGUAACCUUUUUAUCACUUUCACUUUAAGUGGCAAACUAUUUUAAUGUCUAUGUACAAAAUCAAUUUUUAUGUCAACUGCUCACUUUAGCAUUUUAAUAUUCUUACAAGUGAAUUUUAUUUUUGUAACGUAGGAUUUUAGGAAAGGAAAACUGAAUACUUGAAAAAAAAUUACAUAUAAUCUAUUUUAUUUAGUUUGGUUUCAAUAAACCAACUUGAUAUCGUGUUCACUUAAAAUAUUGAAAAGUUGAUUUACCAAUUUACACCUAAGAAAUUAAAACUAUAUUUGUACUUGGUUUUGUAACCUCAAAAACAGUUAAUUUAUGAAAUUACUGAAUGACUGACAUAUGUGUGAGCUAAUUUUAUGGUAAAUUAAAACUAAAUGUGCAGAAUAAUCUGUGUGAACUGUAUUUGCCCCCAUGUUUCAAAAGUAAAGAUUUAAAACCAG